CUAGUACAUCCUGUACAUCAUGCUCGUCUUCAUCUACCUCCACAUUUGGUUCCUCCAGUUGCACUAGUGUUACGUGCCCACCAGGACAAUACAGUAAUUCUAGGUCUUGUAGACAGUGCCCCGUUAACACUUACAAAUCUGAGACUGGAACUGAGACCUCCUGUACUUCAUGCCCAGAGUCAUCUUCCUCCACUACUGGUUCCACCCUUUGCUCCUGCAUAGCUGGCAUGUUUUGGAGUGAUACAGUUUGUGAAAACUGUACAGCGAGCUCUGCGAGUCAAGUCGGUGCUUUACAGUGCCUUACCUGCCCCACUGGAUCACGCUCAUUAAAUAAUGGGAAAUCUUGCAGUUGUCCUGCAGGGCAGAUAUGGAGCUGGAGCGAUCUUACUAGCGGCACGUGUAUCUCAUGUACAGAAGGUACCUACAAGAGUAAUCAAAUGGAGAUGUGUGCGAGCUGUCCUAGGGGUACAUCUUCUGUUGCUGGAUCUAGCUACUGCUCAUGUAACGCUGGUCUGUAUUGGAACACAACUAGCUGCCAUAGCUGCUCAGAAGUUUCUUCCAGCCAGGAAGGGGCUCUUAGUUGCACUGAAUGCCUCAUUGAAUCAAUAUCGCUGCAUAAUGGAACAUCGUGUAGCUGUAACGCUGGAAACAUUUGGUCUUGGGAUGGAAAAACCAACGGGUCUUGUAAGGCGUGCUCCAAUAAUACCUACAGGAAUGAUCAAAUGGAGAUGUGUGCGAGCUGUCCUAGAGGUACAUCUUCUGUUGCUGGAUCUAGCUACUGCUCAUGUACCGCUGGUCUGUAUUGGAACACCACUAGCUGCCAUAGCUGCUCAGAAGUUUCUUCCAGCCAGGAAGGGGCUCUUAGUUGCACUGAAUGCCCCAUCAAAUCAAUAUCGCUGCAUAAUGGAACAACGUGUAGCUGUAACGCUGGAAACAUUUGGUCUUGGGAUGGAAAAACCAACGGGUCUUGUAAGGCGUGCUCCAAUAAUACCUACAGGAAUGAUCAAAUGGAGAUGUGUGCGAGCUGUCCUAGAGGUACAUCUUCUGUUGCUGGAUCUAGCUACUGCUCAUGUACCGCUGGUCUGUAUUGGAACACAACUAGCUGCCAUAGCUGCUCAGAAGUUUCUUCCAGCCAGGAAGGGGCUCUUAGUUGCACUGAAUGCCCCAUCAAAUCAAUAUCGCUGCAUAAUGGAACAACGUGUAGCUGUAACGCUGGAAACAUUUGGUCUUGGGAUAGAAAAACCAACGGGUCUUGUAAGGCGUGCUCCAAUAAUACCUACAGGAAUGAUCAAAUGGAGAUGUGUGCGAGCUGUCCUAGAGGUACAUCUUCUGUUGCUGGAUCUAGCUACUGCUCAUGUACCGCUGGUCUGUAUUGGAACGACACUAGCUGCCAUAGCUACUCAGAAGUUUCUUCCAGCCAGGAAGGGGCUCUUAGUUGCACUGAAUGCCCCAUCAAAUCAAUAUCGCUGCAUAAUGGAACAACGUGUAGCUGUAACGCUGGAAACAUUUGGUCUUGGGAUGGAAAAACCAACGGGUCUUGUAAGGCGUGCUCCAAUAAUACCUACAGGAAUGAUCAAAUGGAGAUGUGUGCGAGCUGUCCUAGAGGUACAUCUUCUGUUGCUGGAUCUAGCUACUGCUCAUGUACCGCUGGUCUGUAUUGGAACGACACUAGCUGCCAUAGCUGCUCAGAAGUUUCUUCCAGCCAGGAAGGGGCUCUUAGUUGCACUGAAUGCCCCAUCAAAUCAAUAUCGCUGCAUAAUGGAACAUCGUGUAGCUGUAAUGCUGGAGAAAUGUGGUCUUGGGACGGAAAAACCAAUGUUGGUAAGAUAUGGAGUUGGGAUGAGCUUCAUCACGGAUCUUGUAAAGUCUGUGCUACUGGAACAUACAAAAAUGAGCAAAUGGAUUCAUGUCUUAGUUGCCCAAUAGAUGCAACAUCUGCUCCAAGUUUGGACCACUGUUCUUGCUCAGAAGGUAAAUUUUGGAACUUAACAGCGUGUGAAAGAUGCCCUCAAGGAUUAGUGAGUUCGAAGGGAUCCCUUCAAUGUCAAGAAUGUCCAGCAGGCUCAUCUGCCCACCCCUCUAAGACCUUCUGCAGCUGCAUGAACGGAAACCUAUGGAGUUGGAGUGAGCAUAGAAAUGGAUCCUGUCAGUCUCUGUCGCCUGCUAAAGUUCAAAGGAGUGCUCACAAAAUAAGUUACAUUCUGAUUCUUGUGUCAUGCACAUCGGUACUCCUGGCAGUGGUGUCCAUUACACUAGGUUUGCUUCUGCUCCACGAGAAAAGAAAGGGUAGGCUAGAAGAAAGAGAUCCAGUAAGAGUUGUCUAUAAUGCACAGGCUAGUGUUCAUGAAGGCGUCCAGGAAGAAAUGGAACUAGUUGAGCGGUCGGGUGAGAGUCCAAUGAUCAUGGCUGAAGUUGGAGCGUGUUUUUCUGCAGCUGCUGAGGGUGGACAGUUCCUAGCAUCAGACACUGAGAACAUAUACGAAACUGUAGAUAAACAAUAGGACUAACUAAUAAGGUGGACGCUGACUCUGACCUUAUCUUGAAGUAGGACCGUUUCAGUGAUUAGCUGUGAGUAAGUCAGGAACAAUUAUAGAAACUGAGACAAUGAACCUACACGGACAAUAAUUAUUAAUAAUGAGUGCAUCGAGACUAUGUUUUUUAAUAUCUUUCAGUAUUUUCAUGGUUAAUUUAGUUUACAAUAUAGCUUACAUUAUUAUGCCGACAGAUUUCUGGAGGACCAAAAAAUGGUCGCUGUUAUACUUAUAUUUUUGGUGAAAAUCGCCAUAUCGAUGUAUGAAAUGAACCUUUUCGGUAAACUCAAAUGUGGCGAUUUUUUUAAAACUCAGUCUCAUUUGGUUCACUAUAUUAUAUGCAUAUUAUGUAAUAUAAACUAGAUUAAGAUCAAGAUUAUCCGAUUUUCAAUGCAAUUGGGUUCACUAUGUACAUAAUGAAAUCUAAAUCAUGUCGACAGUUGUUAAUUUCUAUUUGUUGAAUUAAUAUGCUUCAAAUUAACCCACAUCAUUUAUGCUGUUAUCACCUUUAAAAAGCUUCGGCAGAAAGAGUACGGGCACUUAAUUUAUAACAUGAGGCAAUCAUGAAGCAUGUAAUCGUUUUAAGAUUACAUUUAGGAUAUGUAUUUUUAAUGUUAAUUUUUUGUGUUUAAAAAAACUUUACCAGAAUGUUUUGGUUUUCGUAAUUGUAUAAGCCCAUAUUGAUGCAGCGUGAAAUAUUGGUCAGGGAAAUCACGGAUAUUGAUUGUUCAACCUUUCGGAUGAUUACAAAUUACAAUGUAUAGAAUUCCAUACUAUCUUUUAGAUUUAUGUCACUUAUGAUGGCUCCGGCUGAAAGUACUAUGACUCAUUUUAUCUAGAAGAUUGUAGUUUCAUUGCUUCUGAAGUAGCUAUCAGUU